AGAGCAUAUUUUUUGGUGUUAUUUUUGUCAUUUUUGGGGUGGUUUUGUCUAUAAAAUUGGAUGUUUAGGUGAAAUUUUUUAAUAACAAAAUGAAAGGCAGUUUUUCAUGGUUGGUUUCUGAACUAAGCAGGCCAAAAGAUGCUUCAAUUCUGGCUUUUACAAGAAUAGCCUUUGGUAUUUUGAUGGCAAUUGAUAUUCCCCAAGAAAGAGGGAUGAACCAUGCAGAUAUUAAAUAUGGGGAAGAUUCCGGUCUCGUCUGUAAAUUUCCACUCUUUCAUAAUUUACAUCCGUUGUCCCAAGAUUGGAUGACAUUUUUAUACACUGUCUUAUUUCUAAGUGCAAUAGGGAUUGCUGUUGGGUUCAUGUACCGACUUAACUGUGCAUUAUUUACUUCUAUCUACUGGUAUUUCUUUUUCCUUGACAAAACAACAUGGAACAACCAUUCUUAUUUAUACGGACUUCUUGCUUUUUUAUUUCUUAUUUCAGACGCACACAGAUAUGCAUCAAUUGAUGGUUUAUUAAGAAAAUCUCUUCAAAACACCCAUGUACCUCAAUGGAAUUAUGUUUUAUUUAGAUUUCAGAUAUUUUUGGUUUAUUUUUAUGCUGGGCUCAAAAAAACUGAUCUUGAUUGGUUAAGUGGUUAUUCUAUGGGACGAUUAUCAAGACACUGGGUGUUUGACCCUAUGAGGUUGUUUAUGUCAGAAGCCAUGAUGGAUCUAGUUGUUGUUCAUAUUGGUGGAUUUCUACUCGAUAUUUCUGCUGGCUUUCUUUUAUUUUUCGAUAAAACUCGAUGGAUUGGUUUCAUAUUCUGUUCCAGCUUUCAUUUCAUGAAUUCACAGAUGUUUAACAUUGGCAUGUUUCCUUAUGCAAUGUUGGCAACCAUGUUCAUAUUUUGUCAUUCUAAUUCCUUUAAAAUAUUUGUUGGAAAACUCCCGUGUGGAUUCAAUAUGUUGUCUCUUUCACCAGCCAAACAAAACAGUAACUGCAUUUAUGAGAAAAAGCCAAAAUUGAGCUGGAAACACUAUGCAGCUGCAGUGUUGACCAUACUUUACAUAACAGAGCAGCUAUUCCUACCCUACUCUCACUCGAUCACUAAGGGUUACAAUGGAUGGACUGAAGGACCUUACGGUUACAGCUGGGAUAUGAUGGUUCAUUCAUUUCAAAAUCAACACAUUAAAAUAUCAUAUAAAGAUAAGGAAGGAAAAGAAGGUUUUAUUAAACCAGGGGCCUUUUUAAAAUCUCGUCGCAGUCGUUGGUCUGCUCACCCAGACAUGACCAUACAAUAUGCUCGCUGUUUAAAAUAUCAGUUGGUUAAGAUGGGAAUAGAAAACCCUUCUAUAUAUAUUGAUGUUUGGAAAUCACUAAAUAGUCGGUUUCAACAAAGAAUGUACAAUCCUAAUGUUGACUUGGCCAACUACAAAUGGUCUCCAUUCACGCACCCCAAUUUUACUCUUCCUGUUCUUUCCGAACUCUCAAAUUGGAGACAAAAGUUAAAAGAGUUGAAAAAACUGCAUCGAAACGAAACACAAAACAUUGUUUUUGUGGCAGAUUUUCCAGGCAUGCAUCUUGAGAAUUUUGUUCAAGAAGAUUUCGGCAACACUACAAUUUCAGUGCUGCGCGGUAAAGUUUUGGUGGAAGUGGAUUCUGGGAGAAAUGUUUCACUUUCAGUUGGGGAAACACUGAAGGUUCCCCCAGGAGUAUUUCACAAAGUGCACACAAUAUCAAACAUUACUUCUUGCUAUUUCUAUGUUUAUAUAAAUUCAACUGAUGUGUCGUUAAACGACAAGUUAAAUUCUUACGCAAAAGAACAAACUGUUACACCAGUUCCAGAUCCUUUGCAAAAGUCAACUGCUGUAAAUGAAGAUCCAUUCAUUGUUGAGUUAAAUCAGCAGCAAGAAGCACGGAAAAUUGUUCAACAUGGGUCAAAAUAUCGCCCAUUCGCACAACGUGCUGCGAGGUUUAUGCACAAAAAGUUUAUGACCUUUCGACGCAGUUUCCUUCUGUCCUACUACAGUUGCAGAAACCUUAUAUUUGGAAAACCAAACACGGAACAACUAGCAACAGAAAGGGAAUAUUUGGAUCUUUGGCUGACUAUGAGUAACUCGUCUCGGCCGAGUGAACAUAGUCAAGAUCAACGGAACGCAAAACGGGAACUGUAAGAAGUGAAUCAUACGAAAUAUUCGUGUGGGCUUGUAAACCUUUUCUUCUGAAGCAUUCACGGUAUUUGUUUGGCGCAAGUAAUGAUUUUAAAUAAUAGACUUUUCUUCAAGCGAUUUUCGGCUCGGGGCAUACUUUAAUUUUUAGGAUGUGAUUGCAAUUCAAUUUAAAAAAGAGUUUAUUUUACGCAAGACAUAACUUGGACGCUAAAUUAUUAUUAAAUUGUUAAAGCUUUGCGGCAUUUUUAAGCCUGUAUUACUGCACAUAGUUUAACAAGUCGUGCUCUGGUCCCUUCGGUGUAUAACGUAUAAGUCAUACCGUCAUACGUAUAUAUUUUUACAUAUAUAAUUCAUGCACAAUCGUCAGCCAGAAAGAAAAACAAUCGCCCACAAAGUAACAUACGUGGUAACUCGUAAGCUGGAACGAGGUGUAUGAAACAGAACAUCCGUUUUAUAAAGACUGCCCUAAGUUAGUUAUUCGUAUCUAUUAACUACCCAUAUACUUACUUGCCUUUAACACAUGUUCUGUAUUUUAUAUAUCAAGCAUACUCUGUAUAACGUUAUAUCGCCAAUGUGCAAUCUUCUGUAUUGGUUAAGCUUAGAUUUCUUUGUACUGAAUUUUCUGUACCUUUCUGAAUUCAAAUUUAUGCAUUUUUGACCGUUUUAGUUAUAGGAAGUAACUUGUUUUGAUUUUUAUAUAGAUUCCCAAUCGCAUGACCCUGCUAUAUGACAUAUAAUAUAUGUUUAUUAUGAACUACCUACAUCCAUACUACAUAUUCUCUCGCGAAUUUGUUAAAAUCACGUACUGGAUAAAAUAUGUACCCCAGAUUUUAAUUCUUUUUAUGCUUAUUUCUACGUUGUUAAUUACAACUAUCGGGGUUUACUUCGAACAAUAAACGGAAAUGAAAUUA